AUGUCCGACAACAUUACAAGUACUUCUACGAGUGCUUCUACAGCUGAUCUCCCGACAGUUGAGGAAAUUAAUGGAUGGAGUCGAGAUAAGGUUAAGGAAUUUUUGCAAGAAAGCAGAGCUGAAUUAAAUCUCGAGGACGAAGAUAUCAAUAUAAUAUACAAUCUGGGAGUCAGGUGUGAUGUCUUCCCUAAACUAACCGAAGUAACUCUUGAAAGGUGGGGGAUACCAGGUGGACCGGCUAUAGCAAUCGCAGAAUUAGUUCAACAAGUUAAAAGAGAAUUAAAGAGACAUAUUGAUGAAAUUGACAAAAAAAUUAGUUUAAAAGUCGACGGGUUGAAUCGUGAAUCGAAGAGGAUGCGUUUUGCUGCGGAUGCAUGGUACAGUGCUAUAGAAAAAGGUAUAUUUGUGCAAGAAAGAGGUGUUGAAAUUCAGUUUCCGCUUGAUUUGACCAGGAGUCUCAAAGCAAAGUCGCCCGGAAAGCUUUCACAACCGCCUAAUAUUGACAAGGACGCAAAUCCAAAAGAAGAAAAAGUACGAGAUUACUUUAUGUGUGAAUGCAAGGCACUAGAAAAUUAUGCAAACAUACAAAACAAACUUAUUGUCAGAGACACAGAUUUUUCACCAUUGCUGAAUACUCGAAAACCAGAUUUUGUAUUCAUUCCGAGCGAUUCUCCUUUGGAUCCGUUAAAUGUUGUAGCCGUCGGUGAGAUCAAGAAGCGAGUUAGUGAAAGCUUUAGCAAUGCAGAUAUAGGAGAUGCAUUAUCAUUUGGUGAAAAAAUACUCCAACUUCAGCCACGACGAAAUUAUGUGUAUGUAGUGUUGACAGAUUGUAUCAUCAUCAAUAUAUAUAGGGUGAACAGAAAUGAAAACUUAUUAGAAAGAUAUACUCAGUUCACAUAUAACUACAUAAAAAGUGAAUACUUAACAUACAAAACGCAAGCGAGUCCUUCGACGCAAGCUAGUCCUUCGAAAGGAUCGAGAUACCUGGUAACAAUACUUGAAAGCUCUCCAGAAAAAUUGGGCUGGGUUGAACUACCAUUGAGAUUUGGCGAAGAAACUGUAAAACUGGUUCGGUCUAUUGGUGUAGGAAGAACUAGUGUUGUGUAUGAAGGAAUAUGUAAAGACAUAUCUGUGGCCGUUAAAAUGAUGAAAAUGGCAAAUUAUUUGCCCUGCGUUGAAAGAGAAAGAGCUGUGUUGGAAGAACUUUCGGAGUUGAAUUGUAAAAAACCAUCUAAAUGUCAGGUCUGA